UCAAUUUGUUAAUUAUUUGUGUUUGGGUGAUGACUGCAGAUGACUGAUGAGAAUUCGAUUCGGUGUUAGGACAUGUUAACAUGAGCGCUAAUUUAUUACAUAGAUUUGAGAUUUUACUAAUUACAAUUAAAAUUUAGUACACAUGCCUACGAAUGUGUAUAUCUGUUGGAAGUUGACAAAUCAAUGUACAUUUUUGUUACGCAAGCAAUAAUUGUGAUAUCUGUUUUCUGUAGUUUUUUUUAAACAGUAAAAUCGGUUAUUUUAUAUAUUAUAUAUUGUAAAAUAAAUAUGUACAGUUGAACAAUGAUUUCUUAAAGCUUAAUAAGUUAUUAUAGUAUAAGGGCUCAAAUGAAAAUGGCAGAUUUAGACAGUCAGGAUGAUGUGUCUACCGAACUAGCUCAUAUUGAUGAAGUUCAUCCAGACCCAGAAUUGAAUGGUUAUGACGAUAGACCGACACUUGACAGAGUUUCACCACAUCAGAAAUCAUGUGAAAAUAAUUCUUUUUUGGUUGCUGAGAUCGAAACUUUAAAUAACACAGUGGAUGAUGUUACAAUGGAACCUUUGUACAUUAGUGAACAAACAAAUGACACGGAAGGUUACAAAAUUGGUGAUAUUGUUUGGGCCAAAAUUGGUAGAUAUCCUUUUUGGCCAAGUGUAAUUUGUGUUGAUCCGAGUUCCAAAAUACAUUACAAAGAAUGUACUGGAUUCAAAAAAAGUGUUUGUAUUCAUGUGCGAUUUUGCAAUGACCACGGUAGAAGAAGCUGGGUUAGAACGAUAGAAAAAUAUUUCGGAAAAGAUGCACUUUUAACAAAACAUCCGUCUUGUACAGCGUCAAUAAAAUAUAACAAAAAAGUAAUGGAAACAUGGAAUUCGGCGGUUAAAGAAGCUGAUUUUCUCAUGACCCUUAACGUUGAUACUAGAAUGGUGGAGUUUUUUAAGACAUUUAACGAAACACCUAGUGAUGGCUCUACAAAUAAAAGUUCCCCAGAGAAAACAGCUGAACCAUCCGUAGCAGGUAAAAUACGGACUUAUUCAAGAAAAAGAUCUCAAACAAUAGUUGUGGACCACGAAAGUAUAAAAAAAAUUAUUAAGACUGAAAAUUUGACCACUAAUCAUACCAAUGCAUCAAAAUCAAUCGAUAUUCCUAUAUACAUGAGAUCUGACGAUGUUGAUAGCACUAUCUCCAAUUUGUCUAUGAGUUAUGAGUAUAAUGAAAAAAUAGACACAGUAUUUAUGAACGGAAUUCCUAAGAAAACAUAUCCGCCAAAACAUUUAAUAAACGAAAAGUCUUUGUCCGAUUCAGAUCCUGAUGUAGACAAAAAGGAUAACUCUGAUAAUACUUCUAUUUUAUUUUUCAGAAGUGGCAUAAACGAUGACAAUAUUAUUGUAACAAAAAGUACUAGAAAAGUACCUGAAAGCUUGAAAAAACGAAUAAAGUUAUUAGAAGAUAUUAAAGAUGUUAAUGAAAAGUAUAGCAAUACAACCACAUCUCCCUUUGCAGCUAAGAAAAAUGUUAAAUCUAAAAGUACAAAUUUGUAUGAUAAUGAUUGUUCCAAUGAAGUUAAUCAAAGUAUGAAAUCUUCUCCAUUUUCACAAAAGAAAUCGAAUUUGAUUGAAAAAGAAAGUAGCUCAGAACCUGAAACGACUGAAAGUGAAACAUCAUCAAGAAAUGACAACUAUAGUUCAGUGUUCCUAGCUAAUCAAACAAAUAGAGAGUUAUUUGUAAAAACACUGAAAAAAGCCUGUAUAGUAUGUGAAAAUUAUCAAAACACAAUUCGUUGUACCGGUACAUGCCAAAACUACUUUCAUAAGGAAUGCUUUGCGAAAAGUGGAGAGAAAUCUAGUUGUCAAAACCAGCCUACAAAGGCAAUUAAAAAACCGAAGUAUUCAGUGCGUUCCAAACGACGACGGUCUAAGUCAUUAAAAAAUAAACCUAAAUAUACAAAUUCUACUUUAAAUAAUGAAACUAUUGGUCAAGAAUUAGCUGAAGAAAUUAAUGAUGAUAUAAAUAAUGUUAAUGAUAAUUCUAAUUGUAUAGACUCUACAUCAGAAACAGUGAGCUUAAGUAUUAAGGAUGGUAGUUCCUCUAGUGACCAAUCGAAAUCUGAUAAAUUAACUGAAAUUGUGGAACAAGUGAAUAUUCAACAACCAGACAGUUCAGAAAGUGCAUAUGAAGAGACAGUUUUCAAAACUUCUGAAGAAAAGAUAGAAAAAAUGUUUAAUAAGCCAAAAAAAAUGUCAAUAAAUGGCAUUAAACCAGUCAAACAUAUCGAUUCAGAAUAUAUGUGCAAUCUGUGUAAAGCUAACAAAGUUAAUUGCUUUUCGUGUGGACUAAAUAUUGACAAAGAUUCUGAACAAAAGUUUUUUACUUGUAAAUUAGCUAGUUGUGGUAAAGUUUAUCAUGAAAAUUGUUUGGAUGAAUGGCCACAGUGUCAAUGGAUUCAAGGUUUUAGUAACAGUAAGCAAGCUAUUGUAUGUCCUCUUCACGUGUGUCAUUUAUGUAUCUCGGACAAUCCCAAGAGUAAAUGUAAACUGAAAUUUCCUGCUGAAAAAUUGAUCCGAUGUAUCAGAUGUCCAACAGCAUACCAUAGAAGUGAAUACUGUUUACCAGCUGGCAGUCAAGUUUUGACUUAUAGUAAUAUUGUAUGUAGCAGACAUUUUGUACCAGCAAAAGGACAAGUUUAUCAUAUGAAUUCGGAUUGGUGUUUUAUUUGUACACUAAGAGGUUCAUUGGUUUGCUGUGAUUUAUGUCCAUCUUCAUUUCAUCUUGAAUGUUUGAAUCUACCUCGUUCAAAAGUCGAAGGAGGAUUUACAUGUGAAGAAUGUCAAACAGGCCGAUAUCCUCUUUAUGGUGAGAUUGUUUGGGCUAAGAUUGCGACUUACAGAUGGUGGCCAGCUCAAAUAGUAUUUCCAAAUCAAAUUCCUGAUUCUGUUAAUGCCAUUCCACAUAGUAUUGGACAGUUUGCUUUGCAAUUUUUUGGCACAUAUGAUUAUUAUUGGUUAAAUCGUGGAAGAGUUUUUAAUUUCCACGAGGGUGACGAUGAAAAUAUUUUAGUUAAAAAUACAACAAAAAACAUUAAUCAAGUGUUUCAAGAUGCAAUUAUAGAAGCAGCUCAAGCCCACAAUGCUUAUAUUUUGGAUAAAGAUAGAUAUGAUGCCAAAGAAAUAAAUGAUUCUUUAAAAAAUCCACCCAAGUAUACAAAAAUUAAGUUUAAUAAACCUGUGGGUAAUGUAAAAAUGGAAUCAAAUUUAAUCACAAUGACUUCUUGUGAAUGUGAUCCUACAAAACCAAAUCCAUGUGGUCCAGGUUCUGAUUGUUUAAAUAGGAUGCUUAUGUUCGAAUGCCAACCACGAUUAUGUCCUGCAGGUGACAAGUGCAAUAAUCAAAGAUUUGAAAAAACGUUAUAUCCAUCGAUGGAACCGUUUUUAACGAAUGAUAGAGGUUGGGGUCUUAGAACAUUAGAGGAUAUUAAAGAAGGAUCAUUUGUAAUUGAGUAUGUCGGUGAAGUUAUUGACGAAGAAGAGUUCAAAAAUAGAUGUUACGAAAUGCAAAAACAAAAUGAACAAAAUUAUUAUUUCUUAACGAUUGACCACAAUAGAAUGAUUGAUGCUGGACCAAAAGGAAAUCUGUCGAGGUUUAUGAACCAUUCCUGUGAACCAAAUUGUGUAACUCAAAAAUGGACUGUCAAUGGUGACACAAGAAUUGGCCUUUUUGCUUUACAAGAUAUACCGGCCAGUACAGAAUUAGUAUUUGACUAUCGCCUUCAGAGUUGUUCUGGAGUAGAAAAAAAACCAUGUCAAUGUGGAGCUACAAGAUGUUCUAAAUAUAUUGGUGUUAAAGUAGAUAAGGAAGAAGAAAAGAAAAAAACAACUUUGUUUAAUGAUGCUGAUAAGUCCAAAGCAUCUUCAAAGAAACAAAAGUCACCAAAAUACAAGGCUGAAUCUUCUGAUAUCGAGAAGUCUGAUGAUUCUAUAAAAUCAAAAAUCAAACCAUCAAGUGGCAAACAUUCAUUUACUUCGAAAAAUGAAAAUUCAGAUACAAGUGUUACUAAAAUACAAUGGAGAAAGUCUACUGGGAGUACCAAUAUAACCAAAACCGAUAUCUCUUCAGGAUCCAGCAACUGUAUCGUAACCAGAAGAAGCUUAAGAAAUAAUCCAUCCGCUCAAUGUCAAAGAAAACACAUAGUAAAAGAACAUUGUGCGAACCAACAAAAUAAUGGAGUUAUGGCGAAAACAAGAAAAACGAGAAAACCACUCAAGUCUAAAAAAUCUCCACAAAAGUCGAAUGAAGUCUUGGAUGUAUUUGAUUCUACGGAACUUACUGAAACGAAAGCUGAGUCGUCUAGACAUAGUUUGACCAGAUUGGCGAAAAGCAGACAUUUGGUUUUAUCUAAAAAAAAAUCAGACGAUGGUAAUAUGAAAAAGAAAAAAAUUAUAUUGGAAACAAUUACCAAAAGAAAAAAAAAGAAUGUAGUAAUUACUCCAAUUGUUGACAGUAGUAAAAUCAUUAAGCAUAAAGAAAUUUCACAUAAAAAAAAGUCAAUCAAAAAGGACCAAACGAAUAAACGUAAUUUAUUGUCAACAAAUUAUUUCAAAAACAAUACCUGUUUGGUUUGCGGAAAGGGACAUACAGAAUUGAUUUGUAAAAAUAAAAAAUGUCCAAGAGUCUUUCAUCUUAGCUGUAUGAAUAAAUCUAGAAUAGCAAAGUCUGGUUUUAUCUGCCCAUCGCAUUACUGUUCUAUUUGUAAAAAACGAAAAGUAGUAGCCAAAUGUAAGUUUUGUGUAGAGUCGUUUUGUGCAGCUCACAUUAAAGGAAACGUAUUUAAAGAUCCCCUUGGUAAUGGAAUGUUAUGUAUUACACAUUAUCCAGAUAAAAAACAUAGUUCCAAUAGAACCAAUUCAUUAAUUGUGCCAGAAGCUGUUGAUAAAUUUAAGAAGCUUGUGGAAAAAUCUGAAAACGUUGCUGCCCAUUGUGCUACUGUGCCAAUAGCGGAAGUCGCAUUCCCAUUAAAUAACUUAACAAAUGAUGAUUCUUUGGAAGAACUUGAACUUGACACAAAUGACGAGAAGGAUUACAUGCUUACACAAGUGAUUAAAGAUGAAUCAGAUCGAGAAUACAUACACAUUGGCGGUUUUAAUGUCAGCAACAUAUCAGAUCUAGUUGUGGGUAAAGAAAGUAAUUUUGUUACGCCUACCAAUACGGACGGUGAUAUGUUCAAGCCAUCUUCGACUAAUGUUGUUAUUGAUAUUGAAUCAGCAUCCGCUCUUUAUCAUCCUACAGAUAGUUUGGGACUAGUAUCGAUUGCUGGUGAACAUAAAGAUAAUCACGAUUAUGUUAAUGUACAAUAUGUACCCGAGACGAAAACUAAAUGGAUAGCUGAUGCUGAACCUUAAAAAUGUACACAUCUCGUGUAUAAUAUUAUCAAACUUCACAUUUGUGUAAUUUUUCUAUAGUAAAUACUAUAAUUAUUCUGUUAUUCCUUUGUAUUAAAAAAAAACUGUCAUUGAAAUUUAUUUUAUUUUGUUUAAACAAUAGCUUUACUUUGCAUCCAAAACUGUAUAUAAUAAUAUAUACUGUGUUGAAGAAUUUAUUUAUAUUAAU